AUGACCAUGGACAGCGACCACAAUGAACUCGAGUCCCCGUCCAAGGAACCCUCCAAAGAACCAGUCAUUGGCUCAGACGGCAAAGUAUCCAAAGAUAUACCCUCCAAAAAGGUCCCACAGCACUUGCUAGAAAAACGUAGGCUAGGCAGAAUCAAAGCUGCUGAAGAGUUCGCCAAAAAACUAAAGAUUAUCGGUAUAGAAAGACACGAAAACGAACACAUUGCCCAGCCAAUCACCCUCAAACCAGUGUCGGUGAUCAACCAGAAAAACUACUCGUCAAACUACUUGAAGAACGAUGACCAGAUCUUUUACAUGAGAGAGCGGAAACACUUGAGACAGCAGGGCCAAAGCAAUGGACCAUCCACCACUACUACUACGACCGCCGCUGGCACCGGUACGGCCACAGAAGAAGGCACGCCCGCCCUCGAAAACGACGAAAACAUGGACGCCGAAGACGACGAACUAGACUGCAUCAUCAUCCACCCAGGUUCCUCAUACAUCAAAAUUGGGCCCAAUUACGAUAUCUUCCCGCAACAGAUCCCAAACCUCGUCGCAGUACCAACCCGCAACGGCUCAGUGCCUCCAAGACAGGAAGACGUCUCCGAAAACGAAGCGUUCCAGCAACUCAAAAACAACAUCCAAUUCGAUUUCAAAGAGAGAAUGAGAUACUACAAGAGACGUAUCAUGCCCAACUCCAACGAACAAGCAGCAACUUUCAACGCAAAAUCUGAACCCGAACUCGUACCAGACCUCAACGAUUUCGGAAGAAUCGACUGGAUCAAAGACCAAUCAAAAUCUUACUACGGACACGACGCAAUGAAAUGCUUGCCCUCAGACUUCAAACUAAGAUCUCCCUUCAUCAAUGGCUCCUUCAACUUAAACGAAAGAAACUACGCCUCAUUCCAAGAAAUCCUAUCCGAUGUAGAACAACUCAUCAUCCAGGCCUUGGCAGCAGAAAAAAUCGGAAUCCAGAAAUCACAGUUCUCAAACUACAGAGUAGUACUCAUAAUACCAGACUUGUUCGAUAAAAAAUUCGUCGAAUCGAUGAUCCAACUCUUGCUAGUGGAACUCAAUUUCCAAUCAGUCGCCCUCAUCCAGGAAUCUUUAGCCUCUUGCUACGGUGCCGGCUUGUCGAACUCAACUUGUGUUAUUGAUAUCGGUGCCAAGCAAACAAAAGUCGCUUGCGUGGACGAUGGUGUCGUGGUACGUAACUCCUCGCUAAGGCUCAACUACGGUGGUGAUGACAUCACUAGAUUGUUUGCCCAUAUGCUACUCCAAAAUAGGUUUCCUUAUCCGGAAUGGAACCUCAACGAACCAAACGGGUGGAUGCUGGCGGAAUCUUUGAAAAAACAAUGCAUUACUUUCCAGGAUGCAGAUAUUGCUGUGCAAUUGUAUUCUUUCAUAAAAAGAGACCCUUACGCUAGGAAAUAUACACAGUCGCACAAGUACGAAUUUAAACUCUUCGACGAGGUUAUGUGCGCUCCGAUGGGUAUCUUUUUCCCAGAAAUUUUCGAAGUUAUCAAACCAAAAGAACAUGAGCCAAAUGAAUAUGUUAUCAACCAGUGCCCAAGGUCAAGAGACAUAUACACUUUCAAACCCAACGAUACUAAGUCCUUAACUCAAAUGCUAUGCUUGCAAGAACCAAACAAGUGGUACUCAAAUCUUUCAAGAGACAUCGAUAUCGUACAAAAAUUGCUAAACCUUGACGCAGACGAUGUAAAUGAUGCAAACGAUAGCCAAGAUGAAGAAAACGGUAAUGAGCCACAAAUAAAGGAAAACGUCGAAGAUAUAAACCAUAGACAGUACAACAAUCUAGCAAUGCCUUUGGAAAAGGCUAUCAUCGAAUCAAUUACCAAUGCCUCUAUGUUGCUAGGAGAUAACAUGUCAAAAUUGAAUGUGUUCUACUCAAACAUUUUGAUUGUCGGUGGUUCCUCGAAAAUACCUGCUUUGGACUUCAUACUAACAGAUAGGAUUAAUAUUUGGAGACCAAAACUUUUGAGCAUAUCUGCUUUAAGCACAUUGAUGGAAAAAAUCGGUGAAGUAAUAAAAACAUACGAAACAGAAAACAAAGCAGAUUUAGAAUCCGAGGAUCCUCAGGCAGCAAUAGCUUACAAAAAGAAACUAUCCAAAUUGAUAAAAGCAGAGAUAGAAGCAUAUUGGGAUUCUUUGCAGACUCUCCAUGGAGAUGAAGAUUUACUACCAAUCAAUAUUUUACCACCACCACAUGAUAUGGAUCCCUCCAUGUUAACUUGGAAAGGUGGAUCAGUUUUCAGCAAAAUUAAGCUACUAGAAGAACUCAAUAUCACAAAGCAAGACUGGAAUAUGCUGGGCAACAGAAUACUUCAGUACAAAUGCAUCUUCGAGUACUUUGACCACUAA